UUUGUGUCUAUUAAUAGAUCCAAAUGCCAAAGAAGAGGUCAACCAUAACACAGUGGUGGCACGGUUUCUUGUUUUUAAAAAAAACGUGAAACACAGCGCCUAAUCCCAAUGACUAUUGUUUACGUCCACGAACCGGCCCUAUUAUUACAAGACUGAAGAAAGCUGACCCUACUGUAAAUGUUGCUUUUGAACAGAGGGGUGACAAAUAUAUUUACAGUUAUUUAUUGUUCGAGUAGAAGUAUCAACGACCAAGAACAAGAUGAUGUCAAAAUCAUUAGACAGUAAUACUAAUAGACCUGUUUAUGAUUGAUUUGUUUAUGGAUAGGCCUACAUGUAAAUGGCAAGAACACGGGUGACGUAAUAAUAACCAGAAUUUUGCAGUUUUCUACUGCAAGAAGUACACAUAGUGAUAAGGAAAUAUUGAAGACCAGAAAUAGUUAUAUUUAUACUUUUACAGUGUGAUUAUCAAAGAACUAUAAAUAGUGUCCUGCACAGACCGACGACAAGACUUUGCACUGUGAAUAUGUAUUAAGUGACAACACAAAAUAUUCAGCCAAUCCAGGACAUCAAUAAUUCAGAAUAUAAAUAAGAUACAUUGCAGCCAUUAGUAGUAGUAGCCUACUGUAGUAUGUUCACUGUCAGUAUUUUCACUGUCAGUAUUUUCAUUGCCUGAACAGUUAGACGAGUUUUAGUUUUAAUAUUGAUAAAGUUUUUAAUUUGAAUUAAGUGUGAAGAUAUAAAGUUUAACUCUUUUAAUUAAUAUAAUGCUUUAAAGUUUAUACAAAGUCACUAGUGAUUCAUAAUAGAUCUAAACAUGGCAGCAGUAGGCAAUGGGUAUACUUCAAGUGUCAAUACCGGAAAGUCAGAAAGUUUGCGUCAAAGAAAAUCAAGACAAAACAGUAAAACAAAAGUUGGUAGUGAGGACAACCGAACUGUGGCAUCAGAUUCUUUGAAUUUAUCUGUUGGCGCCGUCAUUAUCAAAGAAAGUAUUGUGAAAGAGAGUGACACAAAUAACCUUGUAAAGACUACUGUCAUUCAGGAAACAGUGACGGAGAAAGGUUUCUUUAGACGUAAUUUACCAGAAUGGAUCUAUGCGCCUGAAUAUAUGAUGCAGGGAAAGGAAAAAGAUCCUUAUAGUGUACAUAGACAUGCAGAUUCCUUCUUCAGUACUUCAAGUGGUUUUACAAAUUACAGAGGUUUAUUAAAUCUGUGUUUGAUAUUAUUAGUGGUGUCCAAUAGCCGUUUAGUUUUGGAAAAUAUCAUCAAAUAUGGCAUAUUAGCUAACCCGAUUGACUGGUUACAUCUGUUUCUAAAACAACCAUAUAGUUGGCCUAAUGUUCUACUGUUUCUCUCUAUCAAUAUCUUCAUUUUGUUCUCAUUAUCUCUGGAGCAUCUUUACAUCAAGAGAUACUUAUCAGAGAGAUUAGGAGCAAUACUUCAGGCUUUGAAUGUAGCUACAUUAUUAUCUUUACCUGCUACAAUUAUCUACAUUUUACAUCCUAACCCUAUAUUUUCAUCAGUUUUACUGUCAUUUGUAACAGUAGUUUCAUUAAAAUUAAUCUCAUAUGCCUGUGUUAACAAAUGGUGUCGUGAUAAUCUUAAAAAUGAUGCCAAGAAAGAUUUUAGAAGGAGGAAGACUGUUAGUGUCUCAGAAAAUGGUGAUCAAAAGACGAAAGUCUCUAAUGAUGAAAUGAAUGAUUUUCUGGUUAAAUAUCCAGAUAAUAUCAAUUUUAAAGAUCUUUAUUAUUUUAUAAUUGCACCUACAUUGGUUUAUGAACUCAAUUUUCCCAGAUCUGCUAGAAUUAGAAAGAGGUUUCUCGUCAAACGGAUUGUUGAAAUGUUGUUUUUGUCUCAACUUAUAAUGGCUCUCAUACAACAGUGGAUUAUACCAACUGUCAAUAAUGCCAUGAAACCAUUAGCUGAUAUGGCUUUAUACAGAGUAGCUGAAAGACUCUUGAAAUUAUCUAUACCCAAUCAUUUUAUAUGGUUAUUAUUUUUCUACUGGUUCUUUCAUUCAACAUUAAAUGUGAUAGCAGAAGUACUUCGAUUUGGUGAUCGUGUAUUCUAUAGAGAUUGGUGGAAUGCCGAGACUGUUUCAAGAUUCUGGCAAGACUGGAAUGUUCCUGUUCAUAGAUGGGCGUUGCGACAUUUGUAUAAGCCAAUGAUGCGAGCUGGAUUCUCAAAAGUUAAUGCAUCCAUUGGAGUUUUUUUCUUGUCGGCCUUCUUUCAUGAGUAUUUGUUAUCCAUACCUCUGAGAAUGUUUAAAAUUUGGGCAUUCUCUGCUAUGAUUGGACAGGUGCCUUUAGCCUUGUUGACAUCCAAGUAUAAAUUUCUACAAGGAACCUGGGGCAAUGUUAUUAUGUGGUUGUCUUUAAUAAUGGGUCAACCUAUUGCUAUAUUAGCUUAUGUACAUGACUAUUAUAUUAUUAACAUGGGAACCCUCCAUAAUCAAACCAUGACAUUUGCAUAAAAACAACCAAAGUACACUGUACAUUACUGUAAAUAUGGCUAUAUAAUAAAAGAAAACAUGUUAUAUGUAACCCGAGAAAAAAAAAAAAAAAAAAAAGAUUCAACUUUAAAGAAAUAGAAUAAUAUUAUUGACUAUUUUAGGAUAAAUAUUUGAUUAUGUAUAUUUUUUCUUGAUUUAGGAAGUAAAUUAGACACAUAUCAUAAAUCAGGAGUGAUAUUCAUAUUGAGAGGAGAGGGUCCAAGUAAAAUUGAAUGCCUUAAAAUUUGUCCAAAUAAGGAAUAAACAUAUUAAAUAGAUUUCUGUUUUGUACAGAAAUGUAGUAUGUUUUGUGUGAUUUUUAAGGAAGUGUUCAAAUAGAAUAAGUAAGAAAAUGUAGUUCAACUGAAUUUAGUUUACUAUAUAUCCAAAACAAGUUUUGGAUUAAUCUUUAACCCAAAUCUGCCAAUAUCUUUACAGAUGCUGGCUAACAAUUACAAACAUAAAGAAAUAAAUAAUAUACUAGUCACAUGUAUUUUAUAUAUUCAGCUUUGUACAUAUGCAAGCUAAAUGUAGAAGCAUUUAUGUGAUGAGUCAGCUUGUUAUUGCCAUUAAUUGUGUCAUUUGCAGUCAGAACACUGAAUAUUAUCUGCAUUAUACGAAGUUUUACAUAUUGAAUUUCACUGAUACUCUUAUGUUGAGGGUAUGGAGUGUUUGUACAAUUCAGGUAUAUGCAUAAACACCAUCCAUGUCGAAACAAGUUGGCCUUGUAGAAAGAAAACAACAUUGCUCAAAAUAUUUUCCUCUAGCACAUUACAUUUUUAUUGUCAUGCGUCCAUAUUAAAGAUGCAUUAUGUAAGAUUUAGAUAAAGAGUUGGUCAUUCUUGCUAUAAUAGAUAAUCAAAGAUGAAUGUAUUGAAAAGUUCAGUCAAAUUACUAUAUUAUGAAUGAAGUUAUGAAUGUUUGAAAAUUGACGAGAAAUAGCGUAUAUAUUCUUGAUUACUGUGAUAAUAAACAAGUCUAAUCCACUUAAUAUCUCUAAUCUCAGCCAUCUAAUGAUUAAGAGAAUUGAGCAUGAGCUUGUCAUGUGAAUAAAUAUCUAUUAUAAUAAUUUAUAUCACAUUGGAAGCCAGAAAAAAGACAUGCAAUGGGAAGAUUUAGCUCUUACAUAAUGCAUAUUUAAUAGUAUAUGAUAACCAAAAUAUUGAAAGAAAAGUGUUAUUUUUUAUGACCUAUUUUGUUUUUAAAGUUUACUAAUUGUGUUUUAUAUUGUUCAUUUGUUGUUAAAUAAAAAUCUGUCUUUUAAACAAAAGUAACUGACUUGUCAGUCAUGUCUAAUUAUGGAAUGGACAGUAUAAAGAAGAUGAUGGUUGUAUUGUGUAAUUAUAUUUGAGAAAUAUAUAUAUGUAAUAAAAUAGUACAUGUAUAGAAUUAUGCUGGUAUUUUUGUGAAUAAGAGUACAAACUUGUUACAUCAUGUUUCAUUUUGAAAUUUUAUAAUAAAAUAUUGUGUUUUUAUUUUGCAAUUAA